CGAACAGGAAGCGAAUAUUUUCAGACUCGGACUCAGAGUGAGUAGAUGUCUGCUCCGCCCUGCUCCGUUUUUUCCGUGAACGAUUUAGACGCAAGGCAGACGUCCAGAUAGUCGCGUUCUGUGAUUAACUAAUAUUUGAAACGCCGUGAUUGUGAGAUUGGGGCCUUGAGUGCGAGUCAAGGGCGUGUUUGAAUCGCAAGUGCUGGAGAGACACACUGCCUCCUCCCCCCUCCUCCUACCCCUCACUGGAUGCUAGCUCUGUAGCCUUUGCAUGGUGCUGCACUCCUAGUUAAAGUUGCGUUGUAGUCCGUAUCUUUUUUUUUUACUUAUUUAUUCGGAGGCCAGGGCAAAAGAAGAUGGGAUGUACUCUGAGCACGGACGACAAGGCGGCGCAGGAGCGGAGCAAAAUGAUCGACAGGAACCUGCGGGACGACGGAGAGAAGGCGGCCCGGGAGGUCAAGCUGCUGCUGCUUGGUGCUGGAGAGUCUGGGAAAAGCACAAUUGUUAAACAGAUGAAGAUCAUCCACGAAGCUGGUUACUCAGAGGAGGAGUGUAAGCAGUACAAGGCCGUGGUCUACAGCAACACCAUCCAGUCCAUUAUUGCCAUCAUCAGAGCUAUGGGACGCCUCAAGAUUGAUUUUGCUGAUCCAGCCAGAGCGGAUGAUGCACGGCAGCUGUUCGUCCUGGCAGGCUCAGCAGAAGAGGGCUUCAUGACAGGCGAACUGGCCGGGGUCAUCCAGCGGCUGUGGAAGGACGGAGGAGUUCAGGCUUGCUUCAGCCGCUCCCGAGAGUAUCAGCUCAAUGACUCCGCAGCUUACUACCUAAAUGACUUGGACAGAAUAUCCCACGGUGCCUACGUACCCACCCAGCAGGAUGUGUUGAGGACCAGAGUCAAAACUACUGGUAUUGUGGAAACACACUUCACUUUCAAGGACCUGCACUUCAAGAUGUUUGAUGUAGGCGGACAGAGAUCAGAGAGGAAGAAGUGGAUCCAUUGUUUUGAGGGAGUCACCGCCAUCAUCUUCUGCGUGGCUUUGAGUGACUAUGACCUGGUGCUGGCUGAGGAUGAGGAGAUGAACCGAAUGCAUGAGAGCAUGAAGCUGUUCGACUCCAUCUGCAACAACAAGUGGUUCACAGACACCUCCAUCAUCCUCUUCCUCAACAAGAAAGACCUGUUUGAGGAGAAGAUCAAAAAGAGCCCUCUCACAAUCUGCUACCCAGAAUAUGCAGGCUCUAACACUUAUGAGGAGGCAGCAGCUUACAUUCAGUGCCAGUUUGAGGACCUGAACAAGAGAAAGGACACCAAGGAGAUUUACACCCACUUCACCUGUGCCACCGACACCAAGAACGUGCAGUUUGUGUUCGAUGCCGUCACUGACGUCAUCAUCAAGAACAACCUGAAGGACUGCGGCCUCUUCUAAA